AUGUUCAGAACACUCUCUUUCCUCCCUUGUGUGAUUGCGGUCGCUUUGGCCAACCCAGCACCAUCCUCGGACUGUGGGUAUGAAUCGUUCCCCUAUGGAAAUUUUCCUACCGGUUUUCCUCGCCCAACAGGAUGGCCUACUACAGCAUCAGUCCCUGCUCCAUUCCCAGGAUUGUCCUAUGGAGCACCCUUCCCAACCUUCAACACAAGCUCUGUAGCCGUCGGCCCUACUGGCACUGGCGCAUCAUCUACUUUCGUCCCCUCUUCGUCUGACGAAGGUAGAAGUGGUACGCUCUCGCCUUCAAGCGGCACUACAUUUGUUCCCUCUUCGUCCGAUGAAGGGGGAAGCGGUACCGCCUCUCCUACUUUCUCUAUCUCCACCUCAGCCUUCUUCCCCAACACCACAGCUACCUCUGCGGAAUCGGUCACCACGAUUUACUCUGCUACAACGGCCGUCACAACCGUGGUCACCACUGUCUAUCUGCCUUACCCCAGCUCGGAGUCGUCCUCCUCUAACGUGACUUCUGUGACUUCUGUCGCUUCCUCUUCGGUCUCUCCAAGCGCCAAUGCAACCACCAUUUCUUCUUUCGUGACGGUGCCUGUCACUUUGACGACCACUUUGACGCCUUCUUCCUCUCCAGACUCACCCGUGACCGCUGUCAACAGCACUUUGCCACCUGGCACUGCAACUUCCUUCUCUACCGGUACUGGUGGAUUUAUCACACCUGUCAACAGAACAUCCUCAGCUGCUUCCUUCACUUGGUCACCGUACGUUCCAUUCAUCCCUGGUACAGGAGUCUACGGAGGAUUCACCCCAUCGAGCUCGCCCGAUUCGCCAAUCACAGCUUCCGUUUUCAACUCGAGUUCGGCUCAUGCUACCACACACGUUACUAUCCACCUCAACUCCUCGCUCACUCUGACGUUGGUUACAACUCAGACGAUUCCAUUGACCACUGGACCUGCCUCGACUCUCAACAUCAGCUCAACUGCCUCGAGCACAUUCUCUCCCUCGAUCACUGAGGGUGGCCGUAACGGUACUCUUUCCUCUUGCGCCGGUACAGCUGUUUCGAGCCUGCCUCUCUCCUCUUCGUCCGACAGCGCUGUUUCAGCCACGAACUCUACCGGGUUCUCCGCCUCAUCUACUGGUGGCGACCGUAGCGGUAGUCGCAGUCCUUCUAGAAGUGUACCCUUCCAAACCACUGGACCUCACUCGCAGCUGUCUUCCUUCGUGACCAGCACUAUCAGUUCCAGCGUGGGAAGCUCAGAGGCUGGCGCCAUUACUGGCUCGGCUUCUUCUACUCCUCCCACCUUACCUUCUGCUCCCUUCUACGGCUCCUGGGGCUACGGCUACGGCGGUGGCAACGGAGGAUACCGCGGUGAUACAAGAGAGCUGGCAAGGCUUAGAUGA